AUGCACAUCCGUGUGCAGCAGAUUUGGGGUUUCCUUCAGACGGUUCUGGGCUGGAUCUUCAUUGUCUGCUCUUUAGCCAUGGAGGGGUGGAAGGUGGCAGCUACUGGUGGUCAGGGUGGCAGCGCUGUGGUAAUAGUGGCCUGGCACUGGUCCAAUCUGUGGAGGGCCUGUUCUACGGAUGCUAAUGGUGUCUCCAACUGCUACGACUUUCCAGUGCUCUGGUCUGUGGAGCGGUAUAUUCAGAUUGUGAGGGCUCUGUUAAUGACUGGGAUGGCCGUUGGUGUGCUGGGGUUUAUUCUCAGCAUGGUGGGAAUGGAGUGCACUUAUAUUGGAGGAAAAGAGAAGGAGAAGAACAGAUCCAUCUUCAUCGGAGGCCUCUGUCACUGCAGCAGUGGUUUGUUGGCUGCAGCAGGUUAUGGAGUUUAUGCCUGGCAUGUUUCUGCAGAAUACUUCAGCUUUGACCUACAGUAUGAUCUGGGAACACCGUUGUUUCUCGGAUGGGCUGGAUGUUUAUUUCAGAUCUGUGGAGGAAUUUUCUACCUGCUUUCUGUUCAGAAGGUCUGGUCUGAGGAAAACAGCAGCGCUCUGUAUCUGAUGGUUUCUGAUGAGGAAGGAAAGCUUCUGAACUCCACCCCCAUCAUCUCUGAUCUUUCCAUUAAAUCUAAAGUCUCCACACUGUCUGAACUGUCCUUACUGACGUCUUCCACCGUGUCCAAAAUCUCACCCAGAGCUCAGCAACCUUCCAGCGUCUGACAGAUUCCAUCUGUGAGAAUUUAUUGAUUAUUCAUGCUUUGGAGGAAAGAUCCAAGAAAUGUAUCCCAGAAAUAUUACUUACAGCAGUCUUGAAAUGUAUUGUACCUUAUUGCACUUUGCUAUGUAAUGUUAUGUAAUGUAAUGUAAUGUAAUGUAAUGUAAUGUGAUGUGAUGUGAUGUAUUGUAAUGUGAUGUAAUGUAACGUAUUGUCAUUAAACAGAUGAAACCAAGCCCUCACAUACAUUUAAGAAAUAAAUGUUGGGAUGUAUAUCAAAUGGA